AUGAUUGAAAUUAAUAUCAAUUUAUUACUAUCUUUGUUUUGGUUAGCUAUAUCAGUUGCAGUACUGAUACCAGGUUUAUGGUUAUUAUUUGAUGGCAAAACAAGUAUCACAAUCAUUAAUAUUAUUCUUCAACGUUUUUAUCUUUUUGGUAAAUUAAAAAAUGAGAAACAAAUUUUAACUGAUGUACCUAAAUCAUAUUUUCGUCAUUUUUAUAUAAUUGGUCUUCUAAUCAACAUAGUUUUAUUUCUCUUCUAUCGAUCAUCAUAUGUAUUAUUUAUAAUUUUUAUAUGUCAUAUGUUUCGACGUUUAUAUGAAUGUAUUUAUAUUCAUCGUUUUAGUCAAAAUGCAUCAAUGAGUUUUCUUCAUUAUCUUAUUGGAAUCAUUCAUUAUCCAUUAGUUGGUUUAACUAUAAUUACUGAUGAUAAAUAUAGUUCAAAAAAUAUUUCUAUAAUAAAUUAUUGUUUAGCAUUAUUAUUAUUUCUUAAUGCUAGUUAUAUUCAAUAUCGUGUUCAUUUAACAUUAGCACAAAAUCGUCGUAAAGAAAAUGAAAAUUAUCCUAUACCAAAUGGUUAUUGGGCAUUUGAAUAUUUUUCUUGUCCAAAUUAUAUUGCUGAAAUAUUUAUAUAUAUUUCAUUUUUAUUUCUCAGUCAUCGAACAUUAUGUUUCCUGUCAUUAACAAUAUGGGUUAUUGUCAACCAAUGUUUAUCAGCAUUACUAACUCAUCGUUGGUAUUGUCAACAUUACCAACAACUAUAUCCAUCGAAAAGGUGUGCAAUCAUACCAUUUAUUCUAUAA